AUGGCGGCUCGCUCCGAGAUGGCGCUUGCGGCCCCGGCCGAGUUGAACCCGCGCUCUGACGGGGAUGGCAAUCUUGAUUUCACCAAUAAAAGCCAUGACGAGGAUCAUAUGCCAUGCCCCACGCGCCGCUCAUGCGACGCUGCGCAUCACCAUCAAAGCUCGCCCUCAGCCACGACCGGCCGCCGAUCACGGCAUCAGCGCCAGCGGCAUGCUCCAAUCAGCCACCGCUCCUCCCGGGCCUUUCAGUGUGAGCUGAUGAACAGUCGCGAUGCCUCCCCUGCCGCUCAGGAGGUCCUUGAUGCGCUCAACCACGUUGCGACCACUGCUGCGCCCAUCCCCACCCCCGCCUCGGCCCCCGCUUCCCCCUGUUCCCAAGCUCCUUGGCGAAGCCGCAUGCACGAUUCCGGUUGUGACCUCUCCUUUGAGCAGGAGGACAAGGACCCUGUCGAAUCCCUGCGAGCCCCACCUCGCCUCAGCCUGCAUCUGGACAACAUGGAGGCUCCCCCUCCGGGCAGCCAUCGCCGGACCAAAUCCGAGCACCACCCCCUGGCCAAAGCUUCGCCAUCCUCCUUUCUUGUUCAAUGA